CACAGCGCGGAAGUGGAUACGGAUAUGACGUUUCGGACACAAUCAUGUAUUAUGAAAGGCUCCGUAAAGUUGUGUUGAAUAACAACGGUUUCUAGGCCAAAUUACACAACCCCAGGUGUGCAUGGUAAAAUAAGUCAUUCACGAUUCUGUCUGUAAUACUAUUUAAAAAGUACACAAUUACCUUUGGAACGACGCGAGCGAGCAUGGCCAAGCGUAAAGAGUCUGCAGACACAGCAGUGAAGAUAGAUGCAAAGAAACUGAAGCAGGUUGCAAAGGGCAAAACUGGAGGACUAAGAGCCAAAAAAGACCAAGGUAAAUGUAUCCAACUAGUUACAACACCCAGCUAAUAGCUAUCACUGAGCAAAUACUUAUAGGAAAAACCUAUUGAAGAUGUUCUAUCUUGCGAUUUAGCUAAUUUAGGCUACAUUGUGACAAGAUGAUACCAUCAACGUUUACGUACAGGAUGGAGUAUACAAACAAAGAAGAACAUAUUCGCUAUAUAUAAAAGGGGGUACAACAAACUACCGAUUAACGUUAUACAAAGUGAAGACAUACACGUCACUGUUUUUAAAGCUUUCUUAUUCGAAGAAUGUAGAAUGAUAAUGUACUGCUCGAUAUCCUUCUAAAAAACAAGAGUGAUUUUUGUAUUAGUGAAUUUACAUUUAUUAAUAUUACAUUUUACCAGUAACACAAUUACAUUUUAAGAGGUGAAAUUGUUUUUCUUUAUCAUUAUUAUGGUUAAGGAAACCGAGCAGCACAUUCUACCAUAAUAAAACGUCAUCAGUAAUAUUAUCAAUUAAAAAUCUACAAAUAUCUUGCCAUAAUCUUUUUACAUGUAGGCAAUACCAAAAAUAAAGGCUGAACUGUUUCUGGAUGCUUAUCAUGAAAAGUGCAGUUCUUGUCAAUGUCUUUUUAAAGUUUCUUCAGGUAAUGAUUCGCAGGGUAAUACAUGGAUAAUUCCGAACGAGACCUCUGACCUUGUUAACAAUUAGGGAUUUGUGUGCUAAUAACCAAAACUUUUUGCAACAAAUAUUAUUGACAAAUGUAUUCCAGUAAAUUGUGAUAUAAGGAAUAGAUAAAACAUCCCUUUGAAAAAAAGCACGCAGAUCUAUUAUUGUUCUGAGGGAGCACAAAGGUUACAUUUGGCACAACUCUUUGCCUUGUCAUCCAAUUUGGCUUUGGUCUCCAAAUGUAAUCCCUGCAAGUUAUAAAACCAUACAGGCACAGCAUUUCAUACUUCACUGUGGGAAAGGGACAGAGUCAUGCACAGACCUUUCAGGGGGCAGGUGCUCAAAAUGAAAAAAGCCCCCUCUUGAAUUUGUAAAAAACUUUCAUAAUUCAUAUCUCGAAAUUCAUAAUAUAUGGAAUGCCAAUGUAGCGGAAAUUUGCUAUUUUUCCAACUGGAUAUUAAACUGGACUAAGCAAGGGUAUCUCAAGAAGGUGAGGUCUGGUUACACCUCUAAACAGCAUGAGAGUCCCAGAUGAAUAGCAUCAGACUAUGGCGAACUGUAGGUGUAACAGGGAUAUUGUAAAGAGAUACAAAUCAUUCAUAAUUGAGUAACAACCCUUCUGCGUUACGAUGUUGCAAUUGCAUCUCAUGUCAUAACUUCUGCUUCAAAUUUGUCACUGAUGCGUUUCAAUGGGCCAGCAUCUAUCAGUUUCAUGUUUUGACAGAUUGUGUGCAGGUGCAUCGUCUUGCAUGGUUACCAUUGUGGAUCAACUGUCUGUCUGUACUUGGCGGCAUAUAAAAACGUGUUUACGAUGGAUCUGAGUUGGUUGUGUGUUUUGAUUUUCUGCUGAAUUAAACUCUGCAGUGGUUAUUUCUAUACCACACAAUUUUCAUAACAGCAGCAAUAUAUUCAUGAGUUAUUUUUCCUCAAGACUCUUUAUAUGGGUUUAAACAGAGAUUUUAGGCAAUUUCUCAACAUAAUGGCAUGGGUUUGAGCCAUUAUAUGAGGUGGCAUGAAAACAAAUCUGUGAUUCCUCACAAAACCCAGACCAAAACAGACCAUGAUUUGGGGGAUUUUCACAAAAUGUAAUCAAUAGAAUAGUCCUCUGGAGGAAGGAUUGUUGACAUAUAUUUGACAUUUGUAUCUAAAAGCAUAAUGGAGAAAUAAUUAAUACAAGUUGGCAUAUUUAAGACAUUUUGGCCUUACCCAGGCCUCCUUUAAGGCUACAUAAUGUUUCAGCUGUAGACGCUACAAAGCAAAAAUUGGUGGCAUAUGAAGCUUUACAGCUUGCUCUGUAAUAUGAGUCGUAUUUUUAUUUAUUAUUUCAAAUAUAAACAUGAAUAUAAAAAAUAUAAAAUGUUGAUUUGGCUAAUUGUUCUAUAUAUUGUUGAACAUAAUAUAAUCUACGGGCUUAUCAAAGUUCCAGAGUGGGAUCUCUGCUAGUUUUAAAGUUAUGGCCCCUUUUAAUACAGAGAAAUUGGCAUAGUGGGAAAUGUAACUAUUCACAGCCUUCCUUUUACUUGUAUCAUUGCACAUCCUGCAAAUUACCAGCAGAAGGCGACCAUUUUGAAUAUUUUUUCACAAUCACUCUGUUGGUAAUGCUUACAAAUAGGAACAUAAUUCUAAAAGUAGCAGAGAUCCAGUGGUGGAAAAAGAACCCAAUUGUCAUACUUUAGUAAAACCUAAAGAUACCUUAAUAUAAAAGGACUCAAGUAAAAGUGAAAGUCACCCUUUAAAAUACUACUUGAGUAAAAGUCUAAAAGUAGUUUUAAAUAUACUUAAGUAUCAAUAAUUUCAAAUUCCUUAUAUUAAGCAAACCAGAAGGCACAAUUUUAUUGUUUUUACGGACUCAGACAUAAUUUACAAAAUGAAGCAUUUGUGUUGUGAGUCUGCCAGAUCAGAGGCAGUAGAGAUGACCAGGGUAUGUUCUCUUGAUAAGUGCGUGAAUUUGACAAUUUUCCUGUCCUGCUAAGCAUUCAAAAUGUAACGGGUACUUUUGGGUGUCAGGGAAAAUGUAUGGAGUAAAAAGUACAUUAUUUUCUUUAGGAUGUAGUGGAGUAGAAGUUGUCAAGAAACCCCCAAAAAUGACUUAAGUAGUACUUUAAAGUAUUUUUACUUAAGUACUUUACACCACUGCAGAGAUCCCACUCUGGAACUUUGAUAAGCCCGUAGAGUAUAUUAUGUUCAAUAAUAUAUUGAACAAUUUGCCAAAUAAAAAAUGGUAUAUUUCCAAUAUUAUUCUAUAUUCAUAAAUUAAUGUAAAACGUUUUUAAAAUAAAAAUACUAAUAUUACAGAGCAAGCAGUAAAGCUUCAUAUGACACCAAUGUUUGCUACAUAGCACCUACAGAUGAAACUCUAUGGAUUCUUAAGGCCAAAAUGUCAUAAAUAUGCUCAAUUAUGCCUUUGGAUACAAAUGUCAAAUAUAUGUCAACAAUCCUUCCUCCAAAGGACUAUUCUAUGGAAUACAUUUUUUUUGUCUGAGUUUCAUGAGGAAUCACACAGCAGUGGAUUAUUGAAAGUCUUUCUCUCACUGUCAUCAUCUUAUCAUGACCCAUCUUUUUUUCUACCCUAUCAGAGAAUGGGGAGAAAAAGGAGAAGCUUCAGAGAAAGGCCAAGCCCAAAUCCCGUCUCUCCAAACCUAUAGUAGAGGACACAACUGCAACCAACACCAGCAAAUACUUCCAGGACAAGACUCCAGUGAAGGAGGAGCCUGCUGAUAUGACUCCUGAGAGUGAUAUCAUCCCUCCUUUUAUCAGAGCCAGAAAAGACACAGUAAAGCUUGUGAAAAAAGAAGAAGAUGAUGAUGAGGACAGUGAGGAGGAUGAAGACUGGGAGGAAGUGGAAGGUGAUAAAUGAAUGAACGCUAGUUUUGAUUGUACAAUGUUUGUUUGCAUCACAUGUAGACUUUACAUCUGUGUAGAUUAAAGUUAUCUGUAUGUAGGCCUAUGACGGCUCUGGUCCUUGCUCUGUGUGUGUGACUAUGUGAUAUUGCUGUCUGUCCUCAGAGCUGGCUGAGCCCUUAGGUCCAAUGGAGCCAGUAGAGCCAGCCCUGCCCUCACAGCCUGUGGAGAUAGAGAUUGAGACCCCAGACAUCAUCCACAAAAGGCAGAAAAGGUGAGAGAUGGUGGAAGAUGGCAUGUUAGAACUGGCAGCCUGUGUCCUUUGGAAAAGUAAGUGCUGCAACCUAGAUAAUACAGUCAGACUGUAGGAAAAUUACUAAUUUUAUUCCAAGAUGGAAAUAUGAACAAUCAAUCAAUUACCAUGACAACCUGACUCCAGGGAGAAGAGGAAGGCGGAGUUUGAGACCUACCUCCGACGCAUGAUGAACCGCUUCAACAAAGACGUCGUGGAGGACACACACAAGGUGAGCACACAUACACACACACGUGUAGUGUAAGGACCUCCACAUGGCCUAGCUCACAGACUGUCAUGAUACGUUCACCUGCUGAUAGGGGAAUCACAGAAUGGCUGUUGUCAAUUUUUUAGCCCUAACAUGUUCUCUUCUCAUUCGAACACUGUAUUCUUACGAUACCGAUUAUUAACAUCUCUCCCAUAGGUCCACCUCAUGUGUCUUCUAGCCAAUGGGAUGUUCCGGAACCGGUUGUGUAGUACACCGGACCUGCUGGCUAUCAGCCUGUCUCUGCUGCCCACCCACUUUGCCAUGGUGGCCAAGGAACGCAUUGACAUCAGCUACCUCUCUGGCCUGCUCAAGUGGUGAGGAGGGCCUUCAAUUUGUGUGUGUGUGUGUGACUUUAACUGUGUGAACUUUUUUCUCUGCUUAUUCCUUGUAGCAUGCUAAACUAUGUUUACCCUUAACACCUGAUUAAUUCAAUCAUCCCUGGCAAUGUUGUAAAGUAAUCCUGGUUGAUUUUGUCCAGGUUUGGGGCAACGUUCACACUUAACCCGGAGCUUCCCUGUGAGGAGAGGCCGGACCCACAGGCCCUGCUGGAGAGGAGGCUGGGCAGCGUCACCGCUAGAGACCACCAGGAAAUGACACAUGUGAGUGGCAGGUAUCCUGCACACUGAAUGCACCAUGCAGAAAUGUUUGUUCAUGUUCCCCUGUUGCAUAAAAAAAUAUACAUAUAUGCAAAUAGAGUAUGUUUUUGAGAGAUGACCACACUUUCCAUAUAGUUUUGAAUCAAAGGUUAAACAGUUCGGGCUCUUAUGGUAUAAUAUGUUCUCUCUAGAGAAAUCGGGCCUAACUCAGUUUGCCUUGAUGGUACUCAACUGAAGCCUGUUUUAAAUCAAGUGUUUCCUAACCUUGUCCUCUGACCCCUGUGCUUGUCUGUUUCCUCCAGCUGUUCCUGUUGGUGCUGAGGUCGUUGCAGCUCUUCUGUCGACUGGUGCUCUCUCUGCAGCCCCUGUCACUGAAGCCCCCGUCACCCAAGGUACAGCAUUGGGUUUGCGUGUACACACUUUAAGGUUAAGUUCACAGGCUCUGUGUGUGUCCUUAUCUGAUCCAACUCUCUUUUUCAGAGCAAGGCCAAGAACUCAGGCAGCCCGCAUAGGAACAGUCCAUCGCAGAAGAAACCUCCCAAAGAGAACCCCUCAGAGCCCAAAGUCUCCCCAGGUACCAAGAGACCGGCAGGCGGGAAGGCCGAGAGAGGAGGGAAGAAGGCAAAAAAGAAAGAGGCAGGGGAGACGAAAAAAGGUGUGUCGGUGGGACAGAAACCCAAGAACUCCAAGCGCCGCAGCAUAGCCUCGAAGGUGAGCUACAAAGAGGAGAGCAGUGAAGGGGAGGGGCCUAGCGAUGGGGAGGAGUUCCAGCUGACCAAUGAGGAAGACAGCGAGGACUCUGAGGGAGGAGCCAAAGCCAUCAGAGCCAAGAAAGGAAAAGGAGGUAAGAGCAAGGGCAAGAGUACAGCUCCACAGAAAAUAAGUAGUAGAGGCAAUAAGAAAGUGAAGAGUGAAGAGGAGGAUGAGGAUUGGGAGGGAAAUGAAGAGGAGGGGGAGGCAGAGGAAGAGCAGCGGAUGAAGCGGGGCAAGAGGAAGGAGGGGAAGGGUGCAGACGAGUGGCUGGAGGUGUAUCUGGAGAAGACUGGGUGCUGGGUGUGUGUGGACGUGCUGCAGGGGGUGGGGCAGCCUCAGCUGUGCUCCAAGCAGGCCACCCAUCCCAUGACCUACGUGGUAGCAGUGGACGGGGACGGUCACCUGAAGGAUCUGGGCAGCAAGUACGACCCCACCUGGAUGACCUACACCAGGAAGCGCCGGGUGGACGAGGAGUGGUGGGAGGUGACGCUAGAGCCUUUCCUCGGCCCCGAAUCUGACAGGGAUGUCCAGGAGGAUAAAGAGGUGAGGAUGAGAUGCAAAUUCACACACCUUCAUUUGUACAGCUUCUCAUUUAUACACUCCCCUCUCUCUGUGCUCUAGCUCCAGGCGAAGCUGCUGGACAAGCCGUUGCCCACAUCGAUAGCAGAGUUCAAAAACCACCCCAUGUACGCCCUGAAGAGACAUCUACUGAAAUAUGAAGCACUCUACCCCUCCACAGCGGCCAUCCUGGGGUACUGCAGGGGAGAGCCCGUCUACUCCAGGUAAGCAGCACACAUAACCGGGAUAUUACAAAUUUGAGAUUUUUCAUAACUGAUUUUGAAUGCAAAGAAGUAGAUAGAGGGCUGUUUAAAAGUAUAACUUUGUUUCGAAGCAGAGUUCUUUUUUGGGGGGAGGUAAUGUAAAUGCAUUAUUAUGGUAUUCAUAGAAAUUGUUUGGUAUCCAAAACAAAUGUAUCUUCUUUGAUUGUGAAAAGCCAUGAGAAAUACAGUAGUACUUAUUUGCAUCUGGGAUCUCCACAGAGACUGUAUUCACACACUACACUCCAGAGACACCUGGCUAAAGGAGGCACGCACCGUCCGUCUGGGAGAGGAGCCCUACAAGGUGAGCAGGGUCGUGUUCAUUAGGGCACACCGUAGCAAAACUCACUCUCUCACUCUCUCUCUCUCUCACACACACACACACACACUCUCUCUCUCUCGCACACUCUCUCCCAUACACUUUCUCUCAACCUCUCUCUCUCUCUUAGAUGGUGAGAGGGUUCUCCAAUCGCUCUCGGAAAGUCAGGAUGGCGUCAGAGCAGAAGGACAAAGAUGACCUGCCUCUGUUUGGUGAAUGGCAGACAGAGGAGUACCAGCCACCAGUAGCUGUAGAUGGAAGGGUAUGAUUACUUUCUAAUGAAACUGUGUGUGCAUGUAGGUCUACUGGAUGUUGCAUUUUUAUUAACCAUUGAGUUAAGUAUGUGUUUGUUUUCUCCAGGUGCCUCGUAACGACUUUGGCAACGUGUACCUGUUCAAGCCCUGCAUGCUGCCAGUGGGCUGUGUCCACCUGCGUCUGCCUAACCUGCAGAGAGUGGCUAAGAAGCUGGACAUGGACUGUGCCUCUGCUGUCACUGGCUUUGACUUUCAUGGUGGCUACUCUCAUGCUGUGUAAGUUUUCCAUUGUGUGUGCAGAUGCAUGGUUGUGUAAUUGUUUGUUUCUGAUAUGUAUGCUUGUUGUUACAUAGUUUGUUACGGUGUGUUUAUUUUCUAGAACUGAUGGCUACAUUGUGUGUGAGGAACAUGAGGAGAUCCUGAGAGCAGCUUGGGCGGAAGACCAAGAGAUCCAGAGACAAAAGGAGAAAGAGGUGAGUUAUGGUGUGUCUGAAUGUGUUUGUGAAAAGCCUCUGUUUUGCCACUUCGCUCAAAGCACACCUUUUGCAACUGCCGCUGGGUAUUGUACAGUUGUAUUGAAUAAAUACAUAUUUCAUGCAAUUAAUCAUAUCUUUAUGGAGAAGGUUUGUUUUUAACUACAGUGUAUUACAGGCAUAAUCUUGUUUGUUAGGUUAGUGCUUCUCAUAUUUCGCUCACAUAUGUCUUGUGAAUGUUUUCCAGAAGCGGGAAAAGAGGGCAGUGACUAACUGGACCCUGCUGGUGAAGAGCCUGCUGAUCAGGGAGAGACUACAGCGGCGCUAUGGGAAGAAAGGCCCAACAGCCGGAGGAGGCCUGGACCAACUGAAGAGCCAGGAUAGGGUAGGGGAAGAGGGUCUGUCAUCUGAAGAGGAGGGGGAAGGUGGGCCAAACACGGCUUCUGCCACACUGGCACAGGCCUGGCCCCAGAACAGACAGGAGGAGCAGGACAGUGGCACGAGGGGAGCCUCCAAAACAACAUCCAACCGGGAGAAAAGGGGCAAGCAAAAGCACCUUUUCCCCUUUGAGAAAGUAUGAGAUGAGAUCAUCCAACCCAACUCUCUCUGACUCCCAUACAGUCGUGUUCUUCAUGUUGCCAGAACAGAUCAGAAGUAGGUCAGACAGACAGGCAUCUGUUCUGGGUUCCUGCUGUGUUACAGGAGAUGUAGGUCAUUGUAAUCCCUGUGGACCAAAACAACAAAGCAGCCUGGUGUUGGUGUAGCACAUGGGGAUGCCUGAAGUGUCCCCACUAGCUAGUUUUUCGUGUGGCGCCGACUGGUAAGACGCUUGAGAAUGGCAGUCACGAGUGCUAGCAAGGCAGAGGUCCUGGGUUCGAGCC